CGCGGGGCGCGGGGCCCUGGGCCGGCGGCGUGGCCGGAGGACCGAGCGUCGGGGGCCCGCGGAGUCGUCUCUUGCCAGUGACAUCUGAUGUCCCAGCAAAGUGCUGAAUAACUACUCCUGAGGUCCCAGCAGCGACACGGCUAACAUAGAAUUGGUGUGCACUCUGCUGGGUAGACUCUGAGCAGGAGUGAUGCCUCCAGGUAGGUGGUAUGCAGUUCAUCCAGCUCAGGACCAGGCUUCAAGGGAACGAGGGCGUCUUCAGAUGGUAAAGAAGGAAGAAGAGGAUGAAGGCUAUACUUCAGUGCAGGCUGCCAGGCCACAGACACUCAACCGUUCUGGCCAGGAGCUGUUUCGCCAACUCUUCAGGCAGCUUCGCUACUAUGAAUCUUCUGGGCCUCUAGAGACUUUCAGCCGGCUCCGGGAGCUCUGCCGCUGGUGGCUGAGGCCUGACAUUCUCUCCAAGGCCCAGAUCCUGGAGCUGCUGGUGCUGGAGCAGUUCCUGAGCAUCUUGCCUGGGGAACUCCGGACCUGGGUACAGCUGCAUCACCCUGAGAGUGGUGAGGAGGCUGUGGCCCUGCUGGAAGAGCUGCAGAGGGACCUUGAUGGGACACCAUGGAGGGACCCAGCCCUUGCCCAGAGCCCAGACGUGCAUUGGAUGGGUACAGGAGCCCUGCAGGCCUCACAGAUAUGGCCUCCUGCUUCACCUCUCAGGAGCGACUCUACUCUUGGGGACCACCUGGAGCCUCCCUAUGAAACAGGAGUGUGUCACUUCCUGGCUAGGCAAUCCGAGCCCCCUGUUGCCCAGGUGCCUGCCCUUUCCCAGAGAGAAGGGUGCCCAGGAGACCUGUUGACAGCUCAGCCUCAGGAGGCUGUGACUUUCAAGGACGUGGAAGUGACCUUCUCACAGGAUGAGUGGGGAUGGCUGGACCCUGCUGAGAGAAACUUGUACAGGGAUGUGAUGCUGGAGAAUUACAGGAACAUGGUUUCUCUGGUGGGACCAUUCGCCAAACCUAUUCUGAUUUCCUGGCUGGAGGCAAGGGAGUCAUGGGGCCUGAAUGUCCAGGGAGCUCAGCCUAAGGGGAAUCCAGGUGUUGCCCUUGCAGGAGGUGAGCUUCAGAUAAAAACAAACAAGUUCGUCUUAAAACAUGAACCUUUGGAAGAACCAGAAACCUUAGCUGUGCCAUCAGACUGUUGUGUGAUGAGUGUUUUUGAGGGAAUGGGCCUCAGAGACUCUUUUGAACAGAAGACCAGACUAAAGGAACAAUGUGGAAACCCCAUACAAGGAAGAGUUAAGAAAGAAGAGACCAAUUUCAGUCACAGGACAGGAAAAGAAUCUGAAGAAUCGGGAAGAAGUACUAGUUGUAAUUUAAAACAUACUACAUAUUUGAGAGUUCCCAGAAGAAAGCGAUCCCUUAAACAUGGCUGUGGCAGACACUUCAAAGGGAGUUCAUACCACUAUGAUUACAAGGAAUAUGGGAAAGGGCUCAGGCACAUAGUUGGUGGAUUUAGCCUGCAUCAGCGAAUUUAUCCUGGACUAAAAGGAAAUACAAAGGAUUCACAUGGGAAAGACUUCAGCAUUAGCUCACAUGCGCAGAAUCUUCACAUGGUGGGGACAUUGUAUAAGUGCAGUGACUGUGGGAGGACCUUCAGUCAUAGCUCCCAUCUUGCCUGUCAUCAGAGACUUCACACUCAGGAAAAACCAUUUCAUUGCAGAGUUUGUGGGAAAGCCUUUAGGUGGAGCUCAAACUGUGUGCGACAUGAAAAGAUUCACACUGGAGUGAAACCUUAUAAAUGUAGUUUAUGUGACAAGGCUUUCCGACGCAUGUCUGCCUACCGUCUACACCAGGAAACUCAUGCUAAGCAGAAAUUUCUUGAGCCUAAUCAGUUUGAGGAAGCUCUCAUCUAUGGCCCAGGAUUUGAUCAUCAUUUGAGAGACCAAAGUAGAGGGAAACCCUUUGACUGCAGCCAGUGUAGGAAAUCCUUCCACUGUAAAUCAUAUGUUGUUGAACAUCAGAGGGUCCACACUCAGGAGAAACCUUAUAAAUGUACCCAAUGUAGGAAAACCUUUAGGUGGAGAUCAAACUUUACUCGUCAUAUGAGAAUGCACCAGGAAGAAAAGUUCUAUGAUCAAGACAAAUGUAGAGAAGACUUCAGACCAACCUCCAGUUGCAGUCAGCCCCAGAGUGCUCCUGCUACAGAGAAAUCUUUUCCUUGUCAGCAGUGUGGGAAAACUUUUAUUCGAAAAAAAUCCCUCAUUAAUCAUCAGAGAAUUCACACAGGUGAGAAGCCAUACAGAUGUAGUGAAUGUGCAAAAGAGUUUACCCAUCAGUCGGCCUUUAUUGCUCAUAAGAAGCAGCAUAUCAUUCAGAGAAAACCUGAGGAUGGGCCAUCUUAUAGUCAGGACAGCGUGCUCCAGGUUCCUCAGAGUAGCCACAACACAGAGGAAGCCUACAAAUGUAGCCAGUGUGGCAAAGCCUUCCGUAAUCACUCGUUCCUCCUCAUCCAUCAGAGAAUUCACACCAGAGAGAAGCCUUACAUGUGCAAGGAAUGUGGGAAAGCUUUCAGAUGGAGUUCUAACCUCUCCCGUCAUCAGAGAAUUCACUCUCUGGAAAAACAGUAUGAGUAUCGUGAAAGUGGAAACACACCAGAUCUGCAGCCACAAAUCCUCCCUGGUGAGAAACCUUUUUGGUGCCAAGAAUGUGGAAAAACUUUUACACGUAAAAGAAGUCUUUUAGAUCAUAACGGAAUACACAGUGGAGAGAAGCGCUAUAAAUGUAAUCUGUGUGGUAAAUCUUAUGAUAGAAAAUAUCGCCUUGUUAAUCAUCAGAGAAUCCACACUAAAGAGAGACCUUUUAAAUGUCAGUGGUGUGGGAAAGAUUUCAUUGGAAGACAUACCCUCUGCAUUCAUCAGAGAAAACACACCAGAGUGGCACAGUCUGAAUGCAGCCUGGCUGGGUUGUCUUCCAGCCAGGACAGAAAGGUGAGUUUACAGGAAUUAGAACCAAGUGAGGAGAAGCCCCUUGAAGAUUCUGAGGAAGCUUGUGGCCAGAGCAUACCCAUUGGGAAAAAAUGCCACAAGUGUAGCACCUGUGGAAAAAUUUUUAGCAAAAGCUCACAGCUUAUUAGCCACAAGAGAUUUCAUACUCGAGAGAGGCCCUUCAAAUGCAGAGAGUGUGGGAAGACCUUCAGGUGGUCUUCAAAUUUGGCUCGGCAUAUGAAAAACCACAUUAGAGAUUAGCUUGGGAUCUGACAGUGAGGAAAAGGGGUUCCUAGCAGCACUGCUAAAGAACCCUUAAUUGUGGGCAGUGUGGGGAAAACCUUCACAAAGGAUCUAGCCUUUUCUAUUUUCAAAGCUGGUGGCAGAGAAUUCUGAGGAUUCAAAAACUCAGGGCACCUGCUUUCCUACCUGCUGGGCCACGUGAUGCUGGGGAAGAACAGCAGCCUCUUUUUUGGGGCCCUUCUGGAGGCUCGGGCCCCAGGAGCGGCCUUUGCAGAGUGGAGUGGAGCCCCUAGCCAGGUAUAAGUCUAAAAGCAGAUAGCGUUGCCCUUUGUGGUUUGACAAAAUGCCUAUAAUGUAAUGGGCUUGGCUGCUGGGGAGGGGCCAUUUGGAUCCUGUGGUGGUGCAUAUUCUGUUUGACCUUACAAGCAGCAGCAGCAGCAGCAGCAGCAACAGCAGCAAAAACUCCUAGUCUCCUCAGAUGCCUCCUGGGAGUUCUGGCUGCAGCUUUGGACUUCAUAUCUUGCUUUGGUAUCUGCCACGGGCAUAGAGUAAUCUCAGCAGCCCAUGGAGGAGAGCAGAGUUGGACUCAAUCACCUGGAAGGGUGGGGCUCUCACAUUGCCCCAUUGCUGUCUCUACCCUACCCCACUGCAUGGGCAACAACAGGCCAUCUAUUCAACGGAAAUGUGCUGAGUACCUCCCAUAUGCCAGGCACUGUUGUGUGUGCCAGAGACCUAGGAGUGACCAGAACAGACAAAAGAUCUGCUGUCUUGGAUCUUUACAGACAAUAAACAAAUGAGACAAAUAGUAGUUGAGAAGGUGAUAUAUGUUGUGGACAAAAUGAGAGAAGAGUGAGAGGCAGUACUGGAUUAGGAGGAGGGUUGUGAUUUUUAGUAGGCUGGUUAAGGAGUGCUUCAGCAGAGAAGGUGAAACUUGAGCAAAUACCUGGAGGUUAGGGCAUGAACCCUGUGGGUCUCUAGAUCAAGGCAAGGAGGUGGAAUCUUAUCUGUAGUCCUUGGAGAAUGGCAGGUAGGCCCUGGGCUAGAGUGGAGUGAACUUGCAGAAGAGCAGGCCCCAGAGAGGUAGUGGGCCAAGCCAUGUGAGUAUCAUGGGUGCCCACUGGGUCUGGAGCUGCCUCAAAGGGAGGGAGGGAGCUUUGGGAUAGUUUUGAGUUGAGGAGUGAUGUAGUCUGAAUCUGAAUUACAUUUUUAUGAGGUUAACCACAGACCCAAGGGCUCAGUGAGAUUAUAUAGCUUAGAGAUUUUUAUGCAGUUGUCUCUGCUGCCAGUUUCCAUGAAUGGGACCCUCUUCUCUCCCCUCAAAGGGUCUGAAUUUUCUAUAAGACCUCCAGUUCUCAAUAGUUGUGAACAUUUAACUAUUGUGCUUGCAUCUCUAAUUUCUGCACACUGCAGGGACCUUCUAACCUUCAUGUAGCUUUCUUCGCACAUUGGAUCUGGUGCUGGCAUCGGGUUCAACCCAAUGGUACCAGUUCACAUGAUUGGUGCCCUCUGGAGAAAAGGUGGCCUGGUGGGGUUGGCCCCAUCUCAUUUGCCAACUUGAAGCAAAAAGAAUUAGCUCAGUGGCAGGGUAAAGGAGUGAUUUUUCUAAAAUUUGUGUAUGUAGUCAUUGCUUCUGGUUAUUGAAGAGCUCACAUUAUGAAUAUAAGGAUAAAAUAUUUCACUUGAUAGUAGAGCACCAUCUCAGACUACAUUUUACUGUGUGAGUUGGGGCAGACUGGUGCAGCAGGUCAUUUUUUGUAGUGAGAAGAAACCAACCUGGAAAAUGUCCUUUCAGUAGAGUGCAAGUAAUCUUAUCCUUCUUGGAUUGUUGUGGGCAGGUGAAAAUGAAGACUCUGAUACUUUGUGGUGAUAUCACAUGGAAUAGCCAGAGGUGGGAACUAGGGGCAGACGUGGUGUUUGUGUCUGGUCCCCAUUCAGCUUUUGUAUUCAGGGGAGUUCAGUAAUCCUGGCUCUGCAUCAUUUUCCUACAGCAGCUGUCCAUGGAAAUUGGGUGUCCCAUCACUGGUCUAGUACCAAAAACUGGCUCUAGAAGUGGCUGGGCAGGCACCAGAGUCCCAUGUGCUGAGUCCAGGGUCAUGGGAGGGCCAGGCUCAGUGUGCCUUUUCUUGGCAUGAUCUUGGACAGGUCACUGAGCAUCUGCAUCUAUUUUCUUGCAUGUAAAACGAGUAAUUAAAUUGUUCCCUGAUUCUUAGGAUUGGCAAAGGAGGGCUUGGUGUGCAAAGGUUCAGGGUGAAGUAGUUGAUCUUUAGGACCACAGUCCUCACAGAGCUGCAGCUCUGAGUCAGCUUGAGCUUCAAGUGAGUUUGUGCUACAACCACGCAAAUACCCCUUUUCUGUCCAUAUUCCUCCCACCCUCCUGCCCAACUCCUUGUGCCACAGUCACCCCACAGACUUCCUGCGCCAAUAGCAGUUUUCUACUGCCAUUUUUAUAAGGUGAGAUAUACUUAUUUUUAAACAUUCAAAUCAAAUUUUCAAGUGUACAAAGAAGUAAAAAUCAACAAUGCCUCUAUACUGAGGUAAGCCUUUAAUAUUUUGGAAUUGUACUGAUGGGGUCUGUUCAAGAACCUGAAUUUUUAAAUAAUUUUAUGAGUCAUAUAUGAUUAUUAUAGAAAUACUAGUAAAUACAGAUUAGCUAAAGGAAGAGGUCUCACUACUUGGAGCUAACUACUUAACAUUUUGGUGUAAUCGAUGUUGGAUUUAACUCCUUGCCUGCCCCUGAACACCCCUGUACUGGCUGUCAUGUGCUGUCUCUCUUCACUAGGAGUGUAGACCCUAUCCAUGCUGCCCCAGAUCCUCAUCCUUCAAGCUAAUAAUCCUCGUCGUCCCUAAUCUUCAUCUCUCAAAGACCUCUCUCCUGGCCCCACCUCUUUUGAUGCCUGUAUCUUACUCUGCUAGGUGUCCAGGUUUUCAAGAGCUAGGCCUGCCACUGCAGCCAGUCUCCACUCUGGAGGCCAGGCUUGGGUGCUUAUUUAUCUGUUUGCCGUACAGAGACUUUGUAAAAAAAAUUACCUGAACUAGUUCAGCUGAGUCAGGAUUGGCGUGCUUUGAGGGGGCCUUGAGAACAGUGAUGACUGGAGGUCACCCAUAGGUGCACCACCACAGUCCAGCUCUAGGUGGUCCCAAGCCAUGUGGCUUCAAUUGACAAUUUCUGACUGCCCUAGCCACCAAUUCUCAUGUGCCCCAUUCUGGCCUGGAGAACAUGCAGGCUUCUUUGAACCCUGCCUUGCUUGCUUUUGCUGCCUAGGAAGAACCGAAGUUGGAGCAGGGAGAACCAGAGGGCUGGGACUCCCCAGAGAUGAGUAAGUAUUGGAAAGUCUUUGAAUCAGUUGUUCAGUGUGGUUGACCGCCACCUCGCUGACAGACCAUCAGCCCACACAGAGGCAUGUACAUAGAAGAAAGCACAGGAAAUAGGGGUUAAUAUGGACCAUCUCACACUCCUCAAGAUGACAAGCUUUACAAGCCCUAGCAUGGGUACAUGUGUGGAACGGUGGGAACUCACUGUGCAAGUGGGAAUGGGAGUGGAAGUUGUGAUAGCUCCUGUGCCAGGUAGUCUGCAAAAUCUUAUAAUGGUGUGCGUACCACCAGCAGUCCUACUCCUGUAUAAACCCUAGAGGAACUUCAUGUGUAGAGGGACAUUUGUAUAAAACUGUUGAUUGCUGUAUUGUUCGUUGCAGUAUUGUUUAGGUAACAAGAAGGGGAAAAGCCUAAAUGUCCAGCAACAGGAAAAAAAAAAAACAGGAAAAUGAUUGAAAAUAUUCUCUGUGUAUUGGUCCAUGGUGUUUUUGGUACUUUGGCAAGAGAAUAUAAAAGAGCUAGAAUUACAUCUUUAAACAUAGAUAAAAACUGCUGAGAAAGUUGCAGAAGUUAUGUAAGUAUGUCAUUUAUGUAAAAUUAAACAUACUGUGUAUCUGUGGACACAUUAUUUAAACUUAAUUUGUGUUUCACUUUUUUAAUGAAAUGGGAUAGUAUUUGCCAACCUCACAAGAUAAUUGGGGGUGGGGAAUGGUUCAUGAAAUAAUGCAUGUAAUAAAGUGUUUUAAUUAGUGGCUGACAUGUAAGCAUUGUUGGCAUAUAGUAAGUAAUGUUAUUACUGUUUUGCACAAUAAUAUAUUCCUGUGGAUUCAAUUAUAUGAUGAAGAGUAUAAAGUCAUGUAUUGGAAUGUUGUGUGAAAGUCGUGUUCUGCCUUUUCAGGGCGGGAGCUGCUGAUGGAAUAAGGGAGGAUAUGUGGAAGCUGCAGUUGUGUUUUAUUUCACUUUAAAAAUUGUUGUAGGUGAGUCAUACGUUGCUUAACAGGAUAGUGUGGGUUUUUUUCACUGUUUGCUUAAAAUACUUAAGAAUAAAAAUGUUUAUAAGCAUGGACUCUGGCAUCUUACGAUUUUAUAGAAGUCCUGGUUCUGCCGUUUAUAUACUGUUACUUAGAGUGAGCCAUUUAAUAAUCUCUCAAGGCUUUAGUUUCCACACCUUCAAAAAUCAGCAAUAAAUAAAUGGCUAUUAGUAAAGGAAUGGUUCAACAGUUCUGAUGUAUCUAUGAUGGAAUACCAUGCAUCCGUGAAAAUGAUCGAAAAUAUUUUCUGUGUAUUGGUCCAUGUUGUCCAAGACAUACAGUUUAUAGGAAAGUAUGCACUCUAUUUUCUUUAACCUUUUUGCCUAAAAGUAGGAAGUAAAGCUUUAGACUCAAAAGUUUAAGAAAUGGGGGGGAAAAGCUUAGGUAAUGGGAUCCUGUGGAUGGAGAUGUUUAGUCAGCCAUUCCAUUUUAUUAGGCAAGUGAAGAAAGGUGACUAAAUGCUUAUAUACCCAACUGGCCCACCUAUUUAGUUAAUGCUAACUCUCUAGAAUAGCAAAGAGGACUUGUAUCACCCAGUUUAUAGUCAGGAGCCAGAAACCAUACCAAUUAAUUUAAGAAAAAGAACUUAGAAUUGUUUAGGAGAUAUAUCUAAAUAAUUAAAAAGGCAAAAAAAAAAUCCUAGUAUAUCAUGGAGGUGUAGUGACUUGAGACCUGGUACCACCCCAAGGCUGGGGGAACUUUAAUGGAGUCUCACCCCAUUUCUGAUGUUUAACCACUGACAGUUUUCAAUCCCUCUCCCUCCCCACUUUUGCCUGAUACCUGAGCAAGCUGAUAAAGCCCAGGCACUCCCUCGGCACUUGAGGUGAAGUUUAUGCAAACUGGCUUUUUCUAUUACCCUGGAAGCCCAAACCCCUAACCACAAUAAAAAUCAGAGCCAUUUGCCCCUCCUUGCAAUCAGUAUAAACUGACUGGCUUGGAUGUCUGUUUUGCUCUUCCCAGAGAGCCACAUUAUGUGAAUAAUAAAAUUUUCUCAUGACCUUA